AGCAGAGUGGUGGGAGAGUGAUCAGUUAGUUGGCUGUAAUUAAGAAGCCAAGGCACCGGAGACAAGGGGCAACGGGGCAAAAAAUUUAUUCCCGAGCCUGCUCCGGGGCACGACUUGGCAUGUGAUUCUGUGGUUUGGCAUUUGGACAUCUCCCAGACCUUAAAAGUCUUCACCUUUAGCCAUAAACUGCUGACCUAAGAUACGUAGCUGAUGUGAGGACACUAGGUAGAAGGCGGGAGAUAAGAUAGAAAUAGACACAGCAGCUACAAGGAGCUCCCUAUCUCCAGGUCCAGGCGGGGCAUAGAGCUCGGGGAGUCUGCUGCCCCUACGCCCCUGCGCUGGAGUGGGUGAUUGUGUCGACCGCCAAAGGGGUCCCCGCGGCUGGAAUCGAGGUUUGUGCGCGACUGCUCCCAGAGCCCUGGGCUGGGGGAAGGUAGGAAACAAGUGGAAAGGAGCUUUCCAGCCGCGGUCGUGUUCAGGGUAGUGACUGGGGACAAGUGGGGCAGGAAGACCCCUCCUCCGCCGAGGCACGAGGUUGGUAAUCCCACCCAGACCUCCCAAAGGGGACCGGGACACUCGGAGCUGAACGCAAGGUACGCUCUGAGCUUCCAAGCAGAGGCGGAGGCGGCGAAAGAGCUGAGCGGCGGAACCUGAUUCUCAGCGCCCUGGGACCCUCUUCCCCUCUCUGUCCCAGAUCCCCAGUGGCCUUAGCAGCUGCUGCACCGCGAAGGGAUUCAGCUUGCGGCUUCAGUCCCAGAGCAGCUGCCUGGCAGCUGUCAGGCUCCUGGCUCAGGGAGGGCACUUGCCCGAGGGGCGCGCGAGCCCCCGGGGGGCCCAAUGGGGCCUCGCCAGGGGCAUUCGGGUAAAGUGUCAGCCGCCCCGUGCCCAGUGUCCUUGGAGUCCCUGCCAUGCUUUUACCACCCCGCAAGAACCGGACCCUGUACCCGCCGCUUCUGCUUUUGCAGCUGCAGCUGCCCCCGGCAGGUGCCUGGGGCUCUGAAGGGGCAGAUGGGAGCAGCAGGGAGCUCCUGGGGCCGGCGCAGAUAGUCACUGCCAGCCUCCUGUCGCUUCUCAUCCUCUGGACCUUGUUGGGGAAUGUGUUGGUUUGUGUGGCCAUCAUCCGAUACAGACAUUUGCGCUCCAAGAUGACCAACAUCUUUAUUGUGUCUUUGGCCAUCUCUGACCUUUUCGUUGCCCUCCUAGUCAUGCCCUGGAAAGCCGUAGCAGAGGUGGCCGGUUACUGGCCCUUUGGGGCCUUCUGUAACGUUUGGGUGGCCUUUGACAUCAUGUGCUCUACUGCCUCCAUCCUGAACCUGUGUGUCAUCAGCGUGGACCGCUACUGGGCCAUCUCCAGCCCCUUCCGCUAUGAGCGGAAGAUGACCCAGAGGGUGGCCUUGAUCAUGAUCAGUGCAGCCUGGGCCUUGUCCAUUCUCAUCUCUUUCAUCCCUGUGCAGCUUAACUGGCAUAAAGAUCAGGAGGGUUUUCCUAGAAACCAGUCCCCUCCAUCCUCUUUCAUCAAUGGGACACCAUGGGGAGAGGACUCAGAGGAACUGGUGGCUGAGGGAGCUGAGAAUUGUGACUCUAGUCUCAACAGGACUUAUGCCAUCUCUUCCUCCUUGAUCAGUUUCUACAUACCCGUGGCCAUCAUGAUUGUAACCUACACGAGGAUUUAUCGCAUUGCACAAGUGCAGAUCCGGAGGAUUUCCUCCUUGGAGAGGGCUGCUGAGCAUGCACAGAGCUGCCGGGGCAACAGAAUGGACUGCCAGCACCAUAAUAGUCUCAAGACUUCCAUUAAGAAGGAGACCAAAGUCCUAAAGACACUCUCUGUGAUCAUGGGGGUCUUUGUCUGCUGCUGGCUACCAUUCUUCAUUCUGAACUGCAUGGUUCCUUUCUGCAACAACCCCGGAGACCCCAAAGCUGGCUUUCCCUGUGUGAGUGAGACAACCUUUGACAUUUUUGUCUGGUUUGGGUGGGCCAACUCAUCCCUCAACCCUAUCAUCUAUGCCUUCAAUGCUGAUUUUCGCAAGGUAUUUGCCAACCUUCUGGGGUGCAGUCAUUUCUGUGCUGGAACCCCAGUGGAGACAGUGAACAUUAGCAAUGAGCUCAUCUCUUACAACCAGGACACAGUAUUCCACAAAGAGAUUGCCACUGCCUACGUCAACAUGAUCCCUAAUGUGGUUGACUCUGUAAGUGGAAAUGAUGAUGGUCCCUUUGACAGGAUGUCUCAGAUUUCCCAAACUUCCCCAAACCAUGAUCCUGCAACUGAUUCAAUGUGUGAGCUGGACUGUGAGGGGGAGAUUUCACUGGGCAAAAUAACACCCUUCACCCCAAAUGGUUUACAUUAAACUGCUUAAGGAAUUUGCUUCUUGCAAUUGUACAUUUGCAAAGGCUUACAUACAUGCACAAACCCAGACACCCAAACAUCCACAUUCCCAUACUUGUUGAUCAGAUAGUACAUGUGUUUCUGUAUUUCUGUCUAGUGUCUGAAAUGCUUAGCAAAACCAUUCAAGUGAAAAGAGGAACUUCAGGCCCACCAUCUUGUUUCUUUCAUCACCGGGGAAGGGGAAAUGCUCAUGGACAUUCAAACAGUUUUUUCAAACUGUUUGUCCAGUGACUUGUGUUUAGACUGGUUUUUAAAACUCCAGAGAUCCAAGGGUGGAGUGGGGGAAUUUAUCUCUGUAUCACUGUUUGUUCUAAUGUGUUUGUGCAAUCCCUUACUUAUUGGGUGGCUUUAUUAGCUAUGGAAUCCUUUUUGAUUUGCUCUGAAGGAAUAAUAAAAGUAGGUUAUAUUGAUAAAGGAAGUUAUCUUUCCCUCAUCAACCUCAUUUUCAACAUGGGCUCCUUCUUUGGCUAGGCAUAUAGGAUCAGUCUUUGUAAAGAGUUAAAAAAAAAGACAUUUUCUUUGUUAAAAAAAGUCUUGCUUUUAUGUCAGCAGACAAUUCUACCUUAAAAUUGUACAAGGGGUGGAUGAUUGCUUUCAUUUUGCCUCUUUGUGCUAUCUGUAUUUGGGGUGGGGGUGGGGGGAUGGGUGGGUUGUAAUCUUUAUGCUGUGAUAUAUGUCCGUGUUAUAGUCCUGAGCUGGUACAGUAACUAGUCAAUGUUAGAGUUAUCGUCGGAAAUGCACACUUACCAAGGCAUUGAAUUUUCACUUUUCUUCUAUGAAUUCUUUCCUUGCAAAAUAGUCAUAAUGAUGAAGAUAAAUGGUUUCUUUUGUGUUCUAGACAUGUGCUAUUGGUUUACAAAAUUAUGCUAAAAUUCUUCAUUAAAAAUUAAGUAUGAUUAAAAUAGCCAA